AAACGUCUAUUAACGUAGCAACUAUCGUCUCCAUAGCAACCUUUUAUUGAUAGAUCUGGUUUAGGUUUAAGUGUACACUUUGAACGGAGAGCAAAAAAAUCUGAAGCAAAUGAGCAUGCGUGGAAGGAAGUAGGGAAUUUUCCCUCUCUUUUCAAACAGAGCUUUUUCCGUUUUUUAUUUACAAUGAUUUUUGCAUUGUUGUGCAGUUUAUUUAACAUUUCACGUUUGAUUAUUGUUCUCGCAUUUAUUCAUUCGUCUCCGUGAUAUCACUCUGUAGUAAAUACAGCUGCAGGCAGAAAUACCGGAAAUUAUUAUUUUUGUUAGAAUAUAUUAUUACAACUCGCAUUUAAGAGCUAAAAUACUUCGGUUUAAGAAAAUCUUGUUUAAUUAUGAAACAAUUAUUCGUAACCUGUGUUUUAUCUUUAGUUUUAGCUUGUUGUGCUAAUAAUAUCGUUUUGAAUAAUGCUGUUUCUGAGCUUGAUCGGAAUGGAUGUGCUUGUAAAGAAUUUACUUGUGGAUGUUGCUUGACUAUAACUGUACCUGAAAUAAAAUUAAAUGAUACAGGUUGUGUGAAAUUUUCUUAUCUUCCUAAAGAAUAUGGGAUUUCAGCAGCUUUAACUAUUGAUCAAAAGACAAUCAUUAAUGAGACUGUAUCAGCACGGAACCCACCACCUAUUUGUAUAGAUCCACCUUAUAUGGAUAAUGUUGUGCACCUGUGUUUACGCUUUUAUGAUUUAAAGAUGACAGAUGAUUAUUUUCAUGCUUGUGUACAAUUAGAGUUGAAAAUGAUCCACAUUUUAACUAUAAAAGAGUUGAAAAUUGAUUGCUUUAAUUUAAAUUUGCCUGAAGAAGUUAAAUAUAUGAAACAUCCUAAAUGGAUAGUAUUAAACAUGGCAUCAGAUAAUUUAAAAAUGUCUCUAAGUAAAGUGCAAAUGUCAUUUAUAAGCUUGUUGGUUACACUUUUCAUACCAUAUGUGUUUGGUAACAAGUUUUAAUUAAGCACAUAGCUUUUAUAUUAAUUGAAAUUGCUUUACUUUUGAAUUGAAAAGAUAAUAAAUAAUGUUGCUUUCUUCUAAAUAAAUGUUCUUAUAAGCUGUAACAAUGACUUUUUAAAAUUUUGUUUGCAUAAUUUUCCUUUUGUGCAUUUAAUGUAAAUUUUUAAAAAUUAAAUUUUUAAUUUUUUUCAUUUAAUUUUGUGCCAUGUUUAGGCUUGUAAGAUAUCAGACUUUUUAUACCAGGUGCUUUUAAAAACAUAUCAUGUACAUCUUGUUAACAAGUUUUAAUUCAAUACCAAGCUUGCUUGUGAACUGUGGAAAUUCUGAAUUGAGAAAGAUGUUCGCUAAGUGUAAUAAAAUUACUCUUAGCUUAUUAACUAUUCUUUAUUAGUUGUGAAGAUGAUUUGAUUUUUUUGAAAGUUUUGAUUUUGUUUCAUUUGGUUUUACAGCAUGUAUAAGUUUGAUGAUGAUACUUUCAAAUUUUAAUUUAACAUUUAGCUUGUGUAGUAUUUAAAUUUUAAACUGAGAAAGAUUUUCACCAAAAUAAAACUGAUUUUUAUUCGUCAACUAUUUUGUAAUAGUUGUAAUUAAGUAAUAUAUGUGACGAUUCUUUUUGAAACUAAUCAAAUUUUAUUUCAUUUAUGUCUUGUUUAGGUUUGGUGAUAACAAUUAAUAAUACUAUCUUGUUAUUAGAUUUCGACAUGACUCAUAAGCUUUAUCUGAAUUAUUCUAAUAUUUAACUGAGAAAUUUUUUACCAAGUUCAAGAGAGUUAUAUCCUGAUAAUUGCCUAUUUCCGUCAAAAUUUCCUUAAUUGUUAAAAUUUGGUAAUUUAGAAGCCUAACACUUAAUAACACUAUGGUCUUAAUGUGAACUAUUUUAAUUUUUAGCUGAGAAAGCUUUCAUUAAGUCCAAGAGUGUUAUGUCUUGAUAAUCACCUAUUUCCGUCCAAUUUGCCUUAAUUGUUAAAAUUGGCAAAUUUAGAAGCAUAACACUUUAUAACACUAUGGUCUUAAUGUGAACUAUUUUAAAUUUUAGCUGAGAAAGCUUUCAUUAAGUCCAAGAGUGUUAUGUCUUGAUAAUCACCUAUUUCCGUCCUAUUUGCCUUAAUAUUUAAAAAUUUA